AGAAGAAUGGCAGCUUCUCUCCUCCUUCAUUAGGUCAGUGCUCUCUUCAAUACAAAGAGAAAGAUAUGAAGAAAUCAGAAAGAGGAUCAGAGAACCUGACACCAUCCUUUUUGCAGUGCAGAUCUCUCCCUACUGCUGGAGUAACACAGACAGAAGCCGUCAGAACUGAUCAACAGCAAGUGGAGAAAGAAAUCCUAAUUCACACUGGAAAAAAAUGUUGUUUGGAAUGUGGCAAACAAUUCACACACACAAGUGAUCUUAAUAAGCAUAUGAAGAUUCACACUGGAGAAAAACCAUAUUGCUGUCCAGAAUGUGGCAAGUCGUUCUCAAGGAGAUGCCAUCUUCAGAGGCACAGAAUAAUCCACACAGGAGAAAAACCUCAUUGUUGUUCAGAAUGUGGUAAGUCCUUCUCAAGGAGAAGCCAUCUUCAGAUGCACAGAAGAAUCCACACAGGAGAAAAACCUCAUUACUGUUCAGAAUGUGGUAAGUCGUUCUCAUGUAUAAGCUAUCUUCAGAUCCACAGAAAAAUCCACACAGGAGAAAAACCUCAUUGCUGUUCAGAAUGUGGUAAAUCGUUUUCAUGUAUAAGCUAUCUUCAGAACCAUAGAAGAAUCCACACAGGAGAAAAACCUCAUUGCUGUUCAGAAUGUGGUAAGUCGUUCUUAAGGAGAAGCCAUCUUCAGAUGCACAGAAGAAUCCACACAGGAGAAAAACCUAAUUUCUGUUCAGAAUGUGGUAAGUCGUUCUUAAGGAGAAGCAGUCUUCAGAACCACAGAAAAAUCCACACAGGAGAAAAACCUCAUUGCUGUUCAGAAUGUGGCAAGUCAUUCUUAAGUAGAAGCAAUCUUCAGAGACACAGAAGAAUCCACACAGGAGAAAAACCUCAUUGUUUAUUGUCCAGAAUGUGCCAAACAAUUUUCUGAGAAAUGCAGUUUUGAAAGACACACAGAAAUUGAUACUGGACAGAAGCCAUUUUGCUCUUCUCAAUUUGGAAACAGAUUUUAAACAUUAUCUCUUUUCAAGUAAACACACAAACUUCCACUUAAGCGAAAAUGCAGUUUAUAUGUUCUGAAUGUGGGAAAUGUUAUACAAGCCAGAAAGGACUUUACAGACAUGCCAAAACCCAUACUGAAGAAAAAUCUCAUUGCUGUUCUCAAUGUGAGAAACCAUUCUUAUAUUUAAACACACUUCAGUGCCACAUCAGAACUCAUACUGGAGAUAAACCUUAUUGUUGUCCUGAAUGUGAUAAGCAGUUCUCACAACAAAGCACCAUAAAAAUCACAUCAGACGUCACACCGGAGAGAAACCUCACCUUUGCUUGGAAUGUGGCAAACAAUUCUCACACCUCAAUUCCCUUUAUAAGCAUAGAAGAAGUCAUACUGGAGAGAAGCCUUACAGUUGUACUGAAU